AUGAAAAGAAAUGUGAUCCGCCGGAAAUUUGCUGGCGGUGUGUGCGCCUACGUCCUUCAUAUCAGCCCGAUCACUUUUAUAUGCAACGAUUAUGAAAUGGUAUACUGUACGAUGGACGUAAGCGGUGAAAUAAAUGCUUUAUUCCGGCUUCGAACACCUUCAAGAGUUGGUCCCCUCAACACGCUACCAACCUCCCUGCAAUCACCCUCCGCCCUCCGACGACGCCGUUUCUCUCGUACGCUCUUCAUUCCUUACUCCCUCUCGUUCUCCUCAUGUCCUUCUUUCCCGCUUCCUCAAUUUCAGAAUAACACCAGUGCUCCAGUAGAUCGGUUAAAUGUUUUAAACGGAAGUACUACGUAA